GGAGAGCGAUGAAUCCCAUCAUGGCGUAAGAGUCCAGAGUAAACGGUGUUCGCUCGAAAUUCAGACACAAAAGAAAAAAGUUUUACUCGAAACGCGGAGAAGUGACUGUGUUACUGAACAGCGUGAGGUCUGCUGGUCUUUAUGGACAAACAUCAUGUGUCCAGUGGAUAAUUUCUGCUCGAGGAGUUAGAGUGGGGAAAACUUCGGCGAAGUGGAUGAAUGUUUGUGCAGGUCAAGAGGUAGUCCAAGAUGGCUGCAGCAUCUUAUGAUCAGCUGCUGAAGCAAGUGGAGGCACUGAAGAUGGAGAACUCCAACCUGAGACAGGAACUUGAGGACAACUCAAACCACCUCACCAAACUGGAGACGGAGGCCUCUAAUAUGAAGGAGGUGCUGAAGCAGCUGCAAGGAACUAUUGAAGAAGACUCAAAAGAUUCUCAAGGCCAGAUUGACUUUUUGGAAAGGCUUAAAGAGAUAAGCCUAGAUCCUAGUGGUUUCCCGGGUGUGAAGCUGAGACCGAAAGCCUCCAUGCAGGGUUCAAGCUCGGGCCGUUCUGCAGACAGCAGUCCCAGCCCAAGCCCCAUGGGCUCUUUUCCCAGGAGAGGGGUGGCAAAUGGGGGCAGAGACAGUGCUGGAUACCUGGAGGAGCUGGAAAAGGAGAGAUCUUUAUUAAUGGCAGAGCUGGAGAAAGAAGAGAAAGAAAAGGACUGGUACUAUGCCCAGUUACAAAACCUCACCAAAAGAAUUGACAGCCUUCCACUGACUGAGAAAUGUAAGUUUAUAUCAAGAAAGGAAUACUUUUCCUUACAGACAGACAUGACUCGCAGACAACUGGAAUACGAGGCUCGGCAGAUCCGGGCAGCGAUGGAGGAGCAACUGGGAACUUGCCAGGACAUGGAAAAGAGGGCGCAGGUGCGGGUCGCUCGUAUCCAGCAGAUAGAGAAGGACAUGCUGAGGAUUCGGCAGCACUUACAGUCACAGCCAGCAGAAGCUGAGGCCAAGCACGACCUUGUAACCCAAGCUGAGGGGGCCCAGGCAUCAGCCGACGCUGGCAUCGCGAGUGGAGCUUGUUCUCAGGGCCCAAGCUCACGUGUGGAUCACGACACAGCCAGUGAGAUGAGUAGUGGAGGGAGCUACUCCGUACCACGGAGGCUAACCAGUCAUCUGGGCACUAAGGUGGAGAUGGUGUACUCUCUGCUGUCCAUGCUGGGGACCCAUGACAAAGACGACAUGUCCCGUACUCUCCUGGCCAUGUCCAGCUCUCAGGACAGUUGCAUAGCCAUGCGUCAGUCUGGCUGCCUGCCUCUGCUCAUCCAACUUCUCCACGGCAAUGAUAAGGACUCUGUACUGUUGGGCAAUUCUCGGGGCAGCAAAGAGGCUCGAGCCAGGGCCAGCGCUGCUCUGCAUAACAUCAUCCACUCACAGCCAGAUGACAAGCGUGGUCGGAGGGAGAUACGGGUGCUCCACCUCCUGGAACAGAUCAGGGCCUACUGCGAGACCUGCUGGGAGUGGCAGGAGAGCCAUGAGCGUGGAGUGGACCAAGAUAAAAACCCAAUGCCUUCUCCUGUGGAACAUCAGAUCUGCCCUGCGGUUUGUGUUCUCAUGAAGCUGUCCUUUGAUGAAGAGCACAGACAUGCUAUGAAUGAACUUGGUGGAUUGCAGGCUAUAGGUGAACUGUUGCAGGUGGACUGUGAGAUUUAUGGCCUUACAAGUGAUCACUACAGUGUUACACUAAGAAGAUAUGCUGGAAUGGCCCUCACUAACUUAACCUUUGGAGAUGUAGCCAACAAGGCUACACUUUGUUCCAUGAAGGGCUGUAUGAGAGCCAUGGUAGCCCAGCUGAAAUCUGAGAGUGAGGAUUUGCAGCAGGUAAUUGCCAGUGUCCUGAGAAACCUGUCUUGGCGUGCAGAUGUGAAUAGCAAAAAGACAUUGCGUGAGGUUGGCAGCGUUAGGGCCCUAAUGGAGUGUGCCCUUGAGGUUCAGAAGGAAUCCACAUUAAAAAGUGUCCUCAGUGCCCUUUGGAACUUAUCUGCUCACUGUACUGAAAACAAAGCUGACAUCUGUUCUGUUGCUGGGGCACUGGCCUUUUUAGUCAGCACUCUAACCUACAGAAGCCAAACUAACACCCUUGCCAUUAUUGAAAGUGGUGGAGGGAUCUUGAGGAAUGUAUCGAGUCUUAUAGCCACAAAUGAGGAGCACAGGCAAAUUCUGAGAGAGAACAGCUGUCUCCAGACUCUUCUGCAGCACCUUAAGUCUCACAGUUUGACCAUAGUGAGCAAUGCUUGUGGGACACUCUGGAACCUCUCUGCUCGUAAUGCAAAGGACCAGGAAGCACUGUGGGAUAUGGGUGCAGUUAGUAUGCUGAAAAAUCUGAUCCACUCAAAGCACAAAAUGAUCGCCAUGGGUAGUGCUGCAGCUUUAAGGAACCUCAUGGCCAAUCGGCCUGCCAAAUACAAGGAUGCCAACAUAAUGUCUCCUGGGUCUAGCCUGCCUUCACUACAUGUAAGAAAACAAAAAGCACUAAUUGAGGAAUUGGAUGCACAGCACCUUUCUGAAACAUUUGACAACAUAGACAAUUUAAGUCCUAAGGCUUCUCACAGAGGUAAGCCUCGACACAAGCACAAUGUCUAUGGUGAUUAUGAUGGAGUAUGUAGGUCAGAUGGUUAUAACACUAGUGGUGUUGGUGUUCGUUCCCCUUACAUGAACACACCAGUCCUCUCCAGUCCAUCUUCACGGGAGAAUCGGGGAAAUGCAGACAACGUUAGGGCUGAGAGGGACAAGAGUUUGGAUAGGGAGCGAAGAGGUUUCCCCCCAGACCCUGACUCCAGUAAAAGAAUGGGGAUGCAGAUUCCUACCACUGCAGCACAAAUAGCAAUGGUAAUGGAAGAAGUACAAGGCAUGCACUUAGGCCUGGAUGACAGAACUGCUGGAUCCACCACUGACCCUCAUAUGGUGCAGGAUGACAUGAUCAGACGUCAGACCAGCGUUCACAGUCACCAAAACAUUUACAGUUAUGGCAAAUCAGACCCGUCAGGCAGAACUUGCCCAAUGCCCAAACUGGAAUAUAGAGCAUCUAAUGACAGUUUAAAUAGCGUAAACAGCACUGAUGGCUAUGGUAAAAGGGGCCAGAUGAAACCAUCUGUAGACUCCUACUCUGAGGAUGAUGAAAGCAAGUGCUGUGUCUACAGAAAAUAUCCUGCUGACCUUGCUCAUAAGAUCCACAAUGCAAAUCACAUGGAGGAUGAUGAUGGAGAUCUAGACACACCGAUUAACUAUAGUUUGAAGUAUUCAGAUGAGCAGCUCAACUCUGGCCGGCAAAGCCCAAGUCAGAAUGAGAGGUGGGCAAGGCCCAAGACCCUAGAGGAUGAAAUGAAACGCUCUGAUCAGAAACCACCCAGGUCGCAGAGCCCAGGAUACCCAAUGUACACAGAGGGAAAUGGUGAAAGUGAGGAUAAACUUAAAAAAUACCAGCCAAGAUUUCAACAGGACAUAUCUGGAGGAUUCAGAUCAAGGGGAUCUAAUGAGCAAAGUAGUAGUGGGUCUAGUCAUGGAAUGAAUAAAAAAAUGAACCAAACGAUCUGCACUGUGGAUGACUUUGGUGAUGAUAAACCAACCAACUACAGUGAGCGCUAUUCAGAAGAAGAGCAACUUGAUGAUCAGCCUACCAAUUACAGCAUGAAAUACAAUGAUCACCAUGUAGAACAGCCAAUUGAUUAUAGUCUGAAGUAUUCUGAUGCUUCUUCUAAGAAGGCGGUGUUCAGUCACUCAAAACCAUCUUCCCAGAGUUCUGUCAAGGACCAAUUAAGCCAGGAUAGUUCGUCUUCAGUGUCCUCCAUAAAGAAUCAGAGUAGGCAAAAACAGCUCCAUCCUUCCACAGCCCAAACUCGACCAGGGCCUGGUAGAACUAUUCAAAAGACAACCUGCAAGGCUUCUACAAUAAAUCAAGAAACACUGCAGACUUAUUGUGUGGAGGACACACCCAUAUGUUUCUCAAGGGGGAGCUCUCUUUCAUCCUUGUCCUCUGAAGAUGAAAUGGAGAGCUGUAAGCGGAAUGUCAAUGCAGCUAGUAACUACACAACUUUGCCUGUUUCUGAGAAAGAAUCCACUAAUGUUCCAGAUCAGCGCACAACAGAAAGCCAGUCAUCUGGGCAUUAUGUCAGAAUGAAGCCCCCACGACACCAAGGAUCACAUGUUGGGCAUGGAGAGGGUUCCAGACAUCAUAAAGCUGUGGAAUUUUCAUCAGGUGCUAAAUCACCCUCGAAAAGUGGUGCCCAGACUCCUAAAAGUCCCCCCGAACAUUAUGUGCAAGAGACUCCCCUCAUGUUUAGCAGAUGCACUUCUGUCAGCUCUCUUGACAGUUUUGAGAGCCACUCCAUUGCAAGCUCUGUACAGAGUGAGCCUUGUAGUGGAAUGGUGAGUGGAAUAAUUAGCCCCAGUGAUCUGCCUGAUAGCCCUGGCCAAACAAUGCCUCCCAGUCGCAGCAAGACACCACCACCACCACCACCACGUUCAACGUCUAUAAAACAAAAAGUUACUGUGCCACCCCACUCUGAAAAACAGGAUUUGGCCCCAAGGCAUGCAGCUGUCAAUGCUGCUGUGCAAAAAGUACAGGUCCUUCCAGAUAAUGACACACUUUUACACUUUGCCACAGAGAGUACUCCAGAUGGAUUUUCUUGCGCUUCUAGUCUCAGUGCAUUAAGUCUAGAUGAGCCCUUUAUUCAAAAGGAUGUUGAGCUGAAGAUAAUGCCUCCAGUUCAUGAAGAUGACCAUGGAAAUGAUACAGAACCUGAAAAGGAUGAGACUAAAGAGUCCAAGGGACAAGAGAAGCCUCCAGCAGCUUCUGAACCUCAGAAAGACAUCCUGGAUGACUCUGAUGAUGAUGAUGACAUAGAGAUCCUGGAAGCCUGUAUAAAUUCAGCCAUGCCUACAAAGUCAUCAAGAAAACCCAAGAAACAAGCCCCUCCAGCAGCCUCAAGGAUACCCCCACCAGUGGCCCGUAAACCAAGCCAACUCCCCGUUUACAAACUACUUCCCUCACAAAACAGGGGGCAACAACAGAAACAUGUAGCCUUAACUCAUGGAGAGGACAUGCCUCGGGUAUACUGUGUAGAAGGAACACCCAUAAACUUCUCUACAGCAACAUCUCUUAGUGAUCUUACUAUUGAUUCACCCCCGAAUGAGUUGACCACUAUUGAAAGUCCAGCUCCCCAUGCAGAGGCAUCCAGUCAAAGACGAGACACUGUCCCAGAAGGCAAAAGUGCAGAAACAAAGGAUAUUGUUGUAUCCUCUGACCCACAAGGUGCUGCAGCUGAGAAUGAGGGAGAUGAUAUUCUUGCUGAGUGCAUCAACUCUGCAAUGCCAAAGGGUAAAAUACACAAACCUUUUAGAGUGCAGAAAAUGUCAGAUCAACCUCAGCUCCCACCUACUGCUACUGGCAAUCUAGUUCAACAAGAUUUUGAAAAGAAAAAGCCAACUUCCCCUGUAAAACCUAUGCCACAAAGCAGCGAAUACAGAGCAAGGAUGCUCAAGCGGCCGGAUGCCCCUAGUAACUUAGCAGAAGCACCAUCAUAUCCUGAUAAAAACAUUGAAACAAAAAAGCAAGAGCCCAAAGCUGGCCCCAGAGAGUUUGCAGAUAAGCCUGUAAAUGCUGAGGAAAGAACACGUCCAGGUUUUACCUUUGAUUCUCCGCAUCAUUACACACCGAUCGAGGGUACUCCUUAUUGCUUCUCUCGUAAUGAUUCUCUCAGUUCACUUGACUUUGAGGAUGAUGAUCUUGACCUUUCUAAAGAAAAAGCUGAGCUCAGAAAAGAUAAGGAACAAAGAAAAGUUCCACCUUCAAAGAGCAAUGGAGAGCAGUCUGGAAACACCAACAGAGUGACAGCAUUUCAGACUGCCCCAACUAAGCCCCUUCAGAAGCCAAGUUUUCCACUAGCAUCAAAGGAAAAUACAGGAACAGUGCCUGACGAAAAGCAAAAGUUUUCAAUUGAGGACACUCCAGUAUGUUUCUCCAGAAACUCAUCUCUAAGUUCACUAAGUGACAUUGACCAGGAAAACAACAACAAGGAUUGCUCACACAAAGAGGACACAACGCAGGUGGAAAUGCCAAGGCCUCAAGCCUCGGGUUAUGCACCAAAAGCCUUUCACGUUGAGGACACCCCUGUAUGUUUCUCUCGAAAUAGUUCUCUUAGCUCUCUCAGUAUUGAUUCUGAAGAUGACCUUUUACAGGAGUGUAUCAGUUCUGCAAUGCCAAAGAAGAAAAAGCAACCACCCAGAAGUAAAGGUGAUGACCAAGGAGUUAAGGAGGAGAAAAACAUUAUGGCUGAUGGCAUUCUAGCAGAGGAACCAGACCUCAUCCUGGAUCUCACAGACACACACAGUCCUAUUUCAGAGCAAGCCUUAUCGCCAGAUUCUGAGUCCUUUGACUGGAAAGCUAUCCAAGAAGGUGCUAAUUCAAUUGUUAGCAGUCUACACCAGGCUGCAGCCAGUCUAUCUCGACAAGGCUCUUCUGAUUCAGAUUCCAUCCUUUCUCUAAAAUCUGGCAUAUCUAUUGGGUCCCCUUUCCACCUCCCUGCAAAUCAAGAUGAUAGCAAGCCGGCAGCAAACAAAGGUCCAAGAAUAUUAAAACCUGGUGAAAAAAGCACUUUAGAGACAAAGAAAAAGGAGGAAGAAGCUGCUAAAAGCUUAAAAGGGGGUAAGAAAGUGUAUAAAAGUCUCAUCACCGGAAAACCCCGACCUAGUCUUGAUAGCAUGGCCUCUCAACAGAGGCAAGCUCAAAUUCCUGUGGUUUCUAGAGGGAGGACAAUGACUCAUGUACCUGGAGUGAGAAGCAGUUCACCUAGUACCAGCCCUAUUCCAAAAAAGCCUCCUUCACGUGGCACGAAACCCCCACCUCAGGGACCAAAUUCUGGAAACUCUCCCAGAACCAUGAAGGCACCAUCAAAGUCAGAUCCUAGUCCUGCCAGAGAACCACCUGCUUCCCAAGGAGGAUCAAGUAAAGCCUCCUCUCGAUCAGGAUCCAGAGACUCCACACCAUCUAGGCCACCUCAGCAAGCCCUCACUAGACCCAUGCAGUCUCCAGGUCGCACCUCUGUCUCACCAGGUAGGAAUGGUCUGACCCCACCUAACAAACUCUCUCAAAUACCUCGUACUGUUUCUCCUAGUGCUGCUUCAAAACCAUCUGGGUCUUCACGAAUAUCUUAUACCUCUCCUGGAAGGCAGUUGGGGCAAACACCUCCAAAGCAUAGUGGCUUGCCACGGAGUACCAGUGGUAUACCCAGAAGUGAGUCUGCCUCAAAAAGUCUAAAUCAGUGCGGAGCAACUGGCACAUCAAAAAAGGCAGAGUUAUCUCGAAUGUCAUCCACAAAGUCAAGUGGCAGUGAGUCUGACCGAUCAGAGAAACCUGGGCUUGUUCGCCAGUCCACAUUUAUUAAAGAAGCCCCUAGUCCAACAUUAAAAAGGAAAUUAGAAGAGUCUGCUUCUUUUGAAUCCUUGUCUCCUUCCUCUCCUAGCCAAUCACAAACCCCUGUAUCAAGCCCGUCUUUACCAGAUAUGUCUCUUAGUCUGCCCUACCAAGGAAGUGGUUGGAGAAAGUCCCCUCAAAGCCAAAACUCUUCUGAAAAUGGAGAUGGGAAGUCACUUAGACGGCAUGAUAUCUCCCGUUCCCAUUCAGAGAGCCCCUCGAGACUCCCAAUCAACAGAGCAGGGACAUGGAAAAGGGAGCACAGCAAACAUUCAUCUUCUCUCCCAAGAGUUGGUACUUGGAAAAGAACAGGCAGCAGUUCGUCCAUACUCUCUGCCUCAUCUGAGUCAAGUGAAAAGGGCAGAAGCGAAGAUGAACGUCAGCCAGCCAAUCCACCUCAACGAUCUGGACAGAACAAGGAGGGAGGACUGGAACGGAAAGGAACAUGGAGGAAAAUAAAAGACAGUGAAGCAAGUCCCUCAAUGACUCUAGACUUGCCAGAUCCAGCUGGGGAUUCACAUCAGAUGAGUGCUGCUAUGUCUAAGAGUGAGGAUGUGUGGGUGAGAAUUGAAGACUGCCCCAUUAAUAACCCUAGAUCUAGUAAGUCACCAACAGGAAACACGCCUCCAGUCAUUGAUAGUUUGCCUGGAAAAGCACAUCCCUCAGAUUGGGACUUAAGUGAAAUCCAUCAUAAGCAGCCAGCAUCAAAUGAAAACGCUGCAACGCGGCGUCUCGGUUCGGAAACUAAUUUGAACCUAAUCAGAAGUAGCGAGAGUCUUGACAAAAAAGUGACGGAUAUCAAGCCUGUUUUAAGCAACCCAAACAUUGCCACUGAAGUUCAUGAAAUUGCAGUUGCUGAGCGCACACCUUUCAGCUCAACCAAUUCCAGCAAACACAGCUCCCCUAGCGGUGCUGUUGCUGCCAGGGUUAGUCCAUUCAAUUACACACCGAGCCCAAGAAAGAGCAGCGCUGACGGCACAACACCGAGGCCAUCUCAGAUCCCUACUCCAGUUAACAGUAAUGUCAAAAAGAGAGACUCUAAAGGAGACACAACAGAGAGUGGGUCCUAUAUUGUCACUUCGGUGUAAAACAUUGACAGUUAGCCUUAAAUUGUCAAAACUAUGGACAGAAAAAUACAUAAGCAGGCUUGGAUCAUGUUUUUAUUUUGUCUGUCUCUGUGGGAAAAAAAAUACAACUAUUGUUGAAGUCGUUGUAGUUGAAGCCAAUGUAAAGCUGUGUAUCUUUUGCUGGUAGAAUUGUGGCAGGCACACUCGGUUGUUAGAGAGUGGCUAGGAGGGAGGACUCAAAGGAUAUUGUAUGUCAAUUUGUACUGUACAGAUUUAAUGAUGUAUAUAUUUAAUUUAAACUUGCGCCAAGAUCCUGUAUCUUUCCAGACAUGAGAUAGAUAAUCACUUAAAGUGGAAUAUUUGGGAUGUGGAGAUAGCUUUGGUGGACUUCUGUACUAAUGCAUUUGAUUUUUAAGGAAAACUGUACACCUGUAUUAAUUCAAAUGUCAAACUCAUUUUUACUGCCACAUAUUGUAUGUUUUAUGACUUCUGCUCCUUGCAUGAACCGAACCAGUGGUCUGGUAUUUCCUGAAGUAAAGAUGAACAUUUCUGUGGACACAUGAUGUACUGAUAGCUGUAGUGUAACAUUUUACACUUUUGUGUGUGCUUUUGAAAGUAAGGAAUUAACCUUGGAAAAAACUUUUGAAUGAGGAUCUUUACAGUGGACAUAGAUUAUAAAACCGUAGCUAGAUUCAUUGCUCUGCUGUUUGUGUAUAAUGUUUCCAGUUGAGGUGAGUGUCUUCUAAAGGACACUUUGUUCUGAAGUUGUUUCAAGGACUGAAGUUGUUUCAGAAUUUAAAUUAUUACUGUAGGUUUUGGUGUUGGUACCUUUUUUUUAAUUUUUUUUUUUAAAGCUCAUUUUAUUUUACCCUUUAUUCACAGUUAUUGUUAAAGCACAUAAUCAGAUAUACUAUUCUGCCAAAACAUGUUGUGAAUGACCACAUUUUAUUUUUUUUUUCUCAUGCAAUAAAGUAGGCUGAUCGAUGUUUGACACGCAUUUCAAAUUACAAAUUGCAAAUCAACAUAAUAAACACCUUAAUUUUGGUGAGA